CGGGGAUUCCGUAGCUUCCGCUUCCGGUCGCGAGCGGCGCUGGUGGUGGUGGGGGUUGCGGAGGAGGUCCGGGCCGAGUCGCCGGGCGCGGAGUGAAGACUGUUAAGUAAAAGGUCAUGGCAAAACAUCUGAAGUUCAUUGCCAGGACUGUGAUGGUGCAGGAAGGGAACGUGGAAGGUGCAUACCGGACUCUGAACAGAAUCCUCACCACAGAUGGGCUGGUUGAGGACAUUAAGCGACGGCGAUACUACGAGAAGCCUUGCCGCCGCCGCCAGCGCGAAAGCUAUGACACGUGCCGGAGGAUCUACAACAUGGAAAUGGCUCGAAAGAUCAACUUUUUGAUGCGAAAGAACAGGGCAGACCCUUGGCAGGGCUGCUGAGCCUGUGGAUAAGAGGCCCACAUCCAGCUGUCUUCACCUCUUUUCUUUAUUCAGUCCUGUUUUAUCUUUCUCUCCAAUAAACUCAAGAAGACCUGCAUAGAUGGAA